UAUGAAAAAGCUGCGCAUUUUUAAACGUUUAAUGAAUAUUUGAUGGGGAAAUUUAGAAAAAAAAACAGCGAGAGGGCAAUGGAAGGAAAACGUCCAUUGGCAUUACAAAAAUUAAGGACAAAAUGAUACAAGACGAAAUAGUAUUUUGACAAAAUAGAAUUAGACAAAAUGUUAAAAUGGAUAAAAUUAGACAAAAUGGCACAUGAAAAAUGGUCGAAGAACUACCAUCUGUAAAAACUUAAGAGGUAAUUGUACAAUUUUACUAUUUGGGAGGUUAUGUUUAGUAGGUAAGAAGUGUAGUAACGUUUCGUUUUUAGACCGUUAAGUUUGUACCAUUUUGUCUAAUACGAUUUUGAGGAUGGGCCAUGAAUAUGUAGUAAAAUACAGAGGGAUAUUUCUUGCAAAAAUGAAUAAUGAGGGAAAAACGCGCGCAUGCCAACGUGAAUUAAAAAAGACAAUAAAUUAUGAAAGAUAUAGAGAGAGUCGAAUGCCUCGGCAUUUUUGCUUUACUCCUCUAAUUUUUUGCAGAAAUAUUCGAUUUUCUUGCUUUAUUAUUUCUCUCUUUCCCUCCCUUCACAUUUUGCUGCUGCUGCUUUUUGGCCGCCCACCUUUUUUCCCGACAAAUGUUUGUCAAGAGUUUUGUUUUAUGUAA